UGUUUUGAUUGGCCACCGAGUGAUUUUCCUAGUUUUGAAAUUUAGAAACAUAACUUGUAGUCGUUACUGUAGCCCGUCUGUCAGCAUUGAAAUUAAAGUGUUAUAGGCGAAUUGAUGAAGUGAUAAAUCCAAGAACAAAAAUGGAAACAUGACAACAUGCAACGGGAGUUACGAAAUAAUAAAUUUAAACCAGAACAGAUCAUAAUGGGGAUGAAACCUCCCCGGUGGUUAGUUAAAGGAGGAACGAAAAUUAAGUGCAAGAAAAAAGGAGGACUGUCAUAUCCAUCAAGUUAAAUGAAUUUGAAUCCAUCCUCUUCGGCCAGCACAGCUUCAUCUUCGCGGCUAAGAACAGUCCGGGCCAAAUCCGGAUCACUCAGCUUUAUUUCCUCGAAAUAUGAGAGUUUGGAUUAUGACACUUGCGAGAACAAACUUCUGGUCGAUGAGGAGAGGACUCGCGGAUAUCCGUAUGUUAUACAGACUGAUGUUGCGAGAUGGUUUUUGUUCUUCCUGAUCGGACUAUUCACUGCUGCCAUCGGUGUGUUUGUGGAUAUCGCGAUCGCACAGAUAGCUGACUAUAAAUACUCUUAUCUUAGAAGCGUUAUGAACGAAUGUGUCGCCAACCAAUGUUUCUACAAGACCUACUUUGUGUGGCUCGGUCUUGUCAUGUUUCCUGUUAUGGUCGCUUCUAUUCUUGUUGUAUACGUAGAGCCGGCAGCGACGGGCAGUGGUGUCCCGAUCGUCAUCUCAUACCUCAACGGUGUCAAGAUGCCGCACGUUGUGGACGUGAGAGUGAUGCUGAUCAGAGUGUGCAGUACCAUAGCUACUUGCGUGGCCGGUCUGGCGGGGGGCAAGGAAGGUCCCAUGAUCCACACAGGAGCUAUCGUAGGAGGAUCUCUCGCCACUCUGAGAGUCCCAGGCUUCAGUUGUGCCGACUCGGUAUUUCACUUCUUCCGUGAGGAUCAUGAGAAGCGGGACUUUGUGGCCGGAGGAUCUGCCGCUGGGGUCGCUGCGGCGUUUGGGGCUCCCGUCGGAGGGGUCUUGCUCAGUCUGGAGGAGGGGACCAGUUUCUGGAGUCUGUCGCUCAUCUGGAAGAUAUUUCUGUCCUCGAUGGUCGCAACUUUCACUCUCAAUCUGUCCCUCAGCGCCUUCGAAGGACAUCCAGGUGGUAGUAUAAAGUAUAACAUGGUCAACAAUAAUCCAGACAGUUUUUUCCAAGGUCAGCUAACGCACCCGGGUCUCUUGUUCUUCGGCAAACUGAACGACUCCAUCACCAACUACGAGGUGUUCGAGUUGCCAAUCUUCAUAGGGAUGGGAGCUAUCGGUGGUGUGCUCGGAGCUGUGUUUGUAGCCAUCAACAUGCGGAUCACCACCUUCCGCAUGAAGUACAUCAAGGUGCGCUACCUUAAGCUGUGUGAAGCGAUGCUGGUGGCGUUCCUCACUGCGUCCGCUGGUGCCGCCUCUAUAUACUUCCUGGACGACUACUGCCAUGAGGACACGGAGGAGAGCCUCAAAUUCGCAGUGCAGGUGUUCUGUCCGAAGGGGACGUAUAACGAGUUGAGCUCCUUCUGGUUCCAGCGAGCUGAAGACACACUCCGCUCACUCUUUCACGAUCCUAAAGGGUCCUACAACGUGGUGCCGCUGAUAGUGUUCUUUGUCUUGUACUUCAUGAUGUCAGUGGUGACGACAGGCCUGAGCGUGUCCGCAGGCGUGUUCGUGCCUGCGCUGCUCUCUGGUGCGGCCUGGGGUCGACUCAUAGGCAUCGGCAUACAGAACUGCUUCCCAGAAUCGGCAUGGGCGGAGCCAGCCAAGUACGCAGUGAUAGGCGCGGCGGCUCAUCUCGGUGGCAUCUCGCGUAUCUCUAUCUCACUGACUGUGAUGAUGAUUGAAGCCACGGGCAACAUCACCUUCGGUCUGCCUCUCAUGUUGACCCUCAUCACCACCAAGUGGGUGGGAGAUCUGUUCACUGAGGGUGUGUAUGAGAUGCAGAUCUACCUGUUGGGAGUUCCGCUGCUGCCCUCUGCUCCCCCGCCUCUUUCAGCUGACAUCAAGGCUACGGAGGUGAUGUCUGCCCCCGCCGUCGUCUUCCCUGCCAAGGUCCGCGUCGGACGACUAAUCGACAUUCUGGAGAAUGUUCCCCACAACGGCUUCCCCAUUGUGGACAGUGCACAUACAUCUAGUCAGGGAGUGCUCAAGUCAGUCGGACGACUGAAAGGACUCAUUCUUCGCUCUCAGCUAAUCGUCCUGUUGCGCAACAAAUGUUUCAACGAGACUCCGCCAUCGACCAGUGACGAGCUGCGGAAGAAACUACGGAUGUUCCGAGAUGCUUACGCACAGAACCAGCAUGUUGAGCUGCAUGGUGGAUGGAUUGACAACGACGUGAAGAUCUCGGAGGCGGAGUAUGACCUGAUGCUGGACCUUCGACCCUACAUGAACCCUUCGCCCUACACUGUCAAAUAUAACGCCUCACUGCCGAGAAUAUUCCGAUUGUUUCGAGGCCUAGGGCUGAGACAUAUCGUCGUAGUGAAUGAUAUUAAUGAGGUGGUAGGCAUGGUGACCAGGAAGGACCUGGCCAGGUACCGUACAUGGCGCCACGCUGGCACCAUGGGCCUCAAGGAGCUUAGAGUAAGAGUAUGACAAGGGCUGCACAUCGGAGCUCCUCCCGACAACUGUUUGUCGUUCAGGGAACGACGUCGGGCUUCGUUCAGUCUGGAUAGCCAACAGUCGGACGAGAUGUAGCUCCGAGUGGAUCCGUAGCUCAGCAAUACAAGCAGUAGACGGUAGACGACGCGCGGCUCCCAUAGAACAGUGACCUGCCAGUCAAAUUAUCUUUUUUUGCAGUCCUUUUUUUGCUUCUAGCAAUCAGCCAUUGCUUCUUUUUAAUGCAAAGUAAUUUUUUUUUAACCUACACAAUCUGCAUUCAAAAUGUUCAGAAUGUUUCUAUCGCAAAAUAAUGGAUAAACAAACUAAAUAUGGAGCUGUUACAGAUAAGUUAGUUAUGGUAAAUUAGUAUUACCACAUUGGAAAGAGGUUCCUUUUAUUUGUUGCCAUCUAAAGAUAAAAAGAUUAAUCUUUAGUUUAACCUUUUUCUCAAAUUACGCUCUUACCCGGAAAUAGCUCCUUAGUUUAAGAAUAAAAUAUAUUUUUGUUGGUCUAGAACUUGGUCUGACGUUUCAUAAAACCCAAAUGUUAUGAACAUUAGCUUUGUUUAGAGCUGUUAAAUAUAUUUUUUAGUUUAUGUUAUUUUGAACAGCUGUUCAGCCACAUUCCUUGGCAACUGAGUGGUUAUUCUCCAUCUGUGUUUGGUCGGACCCCAGCUCUGAGUAUCCACCCAGUGACAGACAAACGGUUGUAAAGUAAUCUAGAUGAAUUAGAUAUCGCUAUUUCAGAUCUACAGGGUUUACAGUUUUAACUAAUUCAGUUCUACCAAGUUUUGUGCUCAAAUUUUGCUUGUUAAAGUCUGUUUUGGUAAGUUUUGUUAGCUUCGAUUUCACACUUAAACUUUGUUCUUCAUGAUCCUAUGUAGACUUUUAAUCGCUUACAUGACAAGUUCAACAAGGCGGGGGUCGUGAGUCUUGCGAAUGUCAAGCCACUUGUCAUCACUGCCUGAGCUCGUGGCUGAGCAGGAGGUCUAACUGAUACCUACGAUGUUAACAGUAGCGCCAACUGUCAGAAUAUUGGUUCAGCUGAAAACUUAUUUACUUAUUGCCUAUUUAGAGCUUAAUAAUACUGAUUUUAAAAUACUUUAUGAUAGAGAAAAAAAAACAUUCAGUAACUGUUAUUCUUAAAAAUUCUUUAAAAUGGAUAAAAAAAUCCAUCAUCAAAAUAAAAGUGGCAUGUCCGCUCAGCCACGCAGCGUCUUGACUCGUCUUUCCGGAUAGUGAGAGGUCACCCGCCUCGCCACGGAAAACAUCAAUUGAAUUGAAAUACUCCUAUUCUCCUCUUUUUUGUAAUCAUACAAAAUUCAAAUGUUUUGUUUUACCGCAAGUGAAUCAUACAAUGAAGACUUACUUAUUUUGAGUACUAGAAAGUAAAUAAUGUUCACAAUUUCUACAUCUUACGGGAGGAAGAAAAUUAUUUAGUGAGAUGAUGAUGUAAAAAGAGGAUCUAAAAUAUUAUGGUUAAUUCAACUACUCUUAAAAUUGGAUGUUUCUGUCUGUGUUUAAAACUUUACAUCCUGUUUUGAAACAUUUCAAUCGAUGAAACAUAACCGAUGAUAUUGGCGAGUCGGGUUGAGAUUAAAUCAUAAACAUUGUAUAUAAGAAAACAUAUAGUUACCGUACAUGUACUUAGUCGCCCAAAGAGGGUACUUGACCCCACUUACGCUUCUGUUAAAACUGAUAGAUAUUGACUGUCUGUGAAUGUGAAGUUUAUUUACGAUGUUGGAUGUUUUUAUGUUCCAAAGUUAUCGUGUCAGAGGUACUAUGGUGUUAAACACUACCUGUAAACUUGUUGAGUAUUGUGUUAUUUAAUGAAAGUCUGUUGAUUUUGUGUUAGUUUAUGAAGAAUUACUGCUAAAUUAUAUUGUAUUCAAUUAUUACUGUAGGCAUUCAAUGUAAAAGUCUCACAUUUUUAUUAUAACGUUAAUUUUUAUUUAUCUUUUUUUAAUAUUCUCUCAAUAGGAAAAAUCCAUCAAUUUGUUUUAUUUUAACUAUGUAAAUUACGUUUACAAAAAUCUUUUAAUAAAUAUUAACUUCAAAGCUGAUGAGAAACAAAGCUUUUAAAAUGUGCUGUUCCAAUAUAUUACGUUGCAGUCUUAAAUCUUCAUAAACUUAAGUUACCACUCUAUAUUUUAUUGUAAGAAGUUGUUACUUUAAAAGUUACUCUAAGAAUAUAAGUUGUUUCUGUUGGAAAUGUGUUUCUUAUAUGAAAUGUUAUCGGUUAGUUUUAAGAAUCUAGAGAACUAUGUAAUUGUUAUCUAUUCGUAUAGUAGGCUAGCGAAUUUUAUUUUUUUGUGCUCACAUUGAUUUCUAGAUGAAGAAUCUUCAUGUACAGUUGUAGUGAUGGAUAUAUAAAUAUCACAUGUAUUAAACUAUUAUAUAAAAGUAUUUUGAAGGACUUUAUGUACGUAGAGCUGUUAAUAACUCUUAGAAAAGUAAAUUUUAAGUAUUUUUUUCAAGUGGGAUCACUGGCUUGGUCAGAGCACAUUGGACCAGGGCUGCCAACCGUGAUGGAUAGAAUCAUUUCAGACCAUUCCAUUAACAAUAAAUAAGCAGACAGUUUGGUUAACAAGGUCGGCAACCCUGGUCGUAGAUCCCGCCAACUGACUGUGCCUAUAGCUAGUGUUUUUUUUGAGGACCAACCAGCCUUCUAUUGCGGCAAGCUCACUGUUUAUAAAUUUUGUUUCGAUCGUUAUGUUUUAGGUCCCAUUUGUUACAAAAUGUUUUUCUUGCGAUCGUUAAAAAGCAGGUUGUGAUCGGGUUACACUCGCCAGCUGUGAUUAAUCUUGAAAGAUUAUUUUGAUUCUAUUGACGUUGUAACUGUAGGGAGGUAAAUUAAAAGCUUCGAAUUUAGCAUGAAAAAUCUUGCAUAAAGACAUAAAUGUGCCAAAGUUCAUUUUCAAGUGUUUUUAUUAUUAGUCAAUACUUAACGGUGAUAACAUAUUUGAUGAGCCUAAAUAAUUUUUGACGUAUGCGAGUUUCGAUUGCAACAAAGACAUCGUCAUUUUUAGAUGUUUAGUUUUAAAUUUCCCUUUAGAAUCAUUUUGCCUUUUGUAUAAAUCAAAAGUUGUGUUGUGCUCAAUUUUAAUAUUUAGUUAAACAUUAGUGACUGUAAAUGUUAUUAAUGUACCUUAGCAUCGCAUGAAAGAUAAGGUGAUCUAUUGUUUGAAUUAAUUAGUUCAGGAAGCUAUAGCGUUUAAUUGUUACCUUUCAAUGUCGUCAUUUUGAGAAUGUAAGAAGCAUUGUUCUUUUAUAAGUUUCAUGGUUCAAAGAUGCUCGGCCUUAAUAUAUUUUGUCUUUAAAUGGGUUUUUCUCAAGUUUUUUACAGAUUUUUGCUUAUUGAUCGCUAAUAAGUAAAGAGCUGCAAUUUAAUUAAUUGCUUUUACUAAAAAUGUAACUGUAAUAGUACCUCAUAAGAUCUUAAAUUCUCUUGACUUGUUUUUUACAUUUUUCCUAAAAAAGAGGCCUUCCACUUCAUUUGAUUUCAAUGAUGAAAAACAUUUUAAAAUCUUAUUCAUCUUGUGAUACUCCUCUUCCAUUAAACCGUGUCACUUUGGUAUGCUCUUUCCUCUCUUCCAGUACGAUAUUGUGCCAAUAUGUACCUUGUUUUCCAGCAGGUAAUUCUUCAGAACUAAGUUACUCAGAAAAACUUUAACGUAAUUUGCAUAAUGUUUCUGUACAAAUUGGAGUAUGAAUUUUCUUUUGCAAUUUUAAAUUAAUUUUUAGUAGAUUCUCCAUUGUUUGACAUCCUUCAGUAAGACACAUAUAUAACAACUCGACAGAUAUUUCCAUUAAUGCAUGAAGUGAACACUACAAUGCACGGUGAAUAUGUGAAUGCUAUAGCUGGCAGUGCCGGCCUAACAUGGAGGAAAAGUGUGCUGAAAAAAUCAAAAUGUGUUGUGAAACAUAUUUUCAUUCAAAUCAAUUUUCCCUAAAUUUAAUAACAAUAAGAUUUUACGAUAUUACAUCUGUAAUUUAAAAACUUCUGCAAUUCUCUACUUUCUACUUGUUACAUCCUAAUAACUAAGGGCCUAAAAUUUGCAAAGAAAAUAACCCAAGAUGCAGAAAUGUGUCUUUUUUGUAGCAUGUUCUUAUUUUUUCAGUUACUGAAUGAUUACCGGCUAGAUAUUUUAGUUUAGGUGAAGAUUGCACUUUAGUUACUCUAGUCGCACCUCCCUUACUACCAAAUCUUACUAACUUUCCUCAUUUGCACCUUCAGUCUUCCAGUUUUAGUGAGUUAAAAGUAUAAUUUUAACUACAUAGUAUUAAUCUAUAUGAUAUAUAUUUUAAAUAGGCUAAUAUAUUAUGCUGUAGAAGUAUUUUUCUGCUUCAAAACUUUAGAAAAUAUAUUAACACCGCAAGCUUCUUUGACUUGGUAACCAAAUAAUUUGUAUGUUUUUGUAAUGUGUAACUGAGAUCGAUUUAGGUUUGCAAAGACGUUUGUUCUUGAUUUGUUAGAAAUGAUUUAGGUUUUAAAUUUCAUAGUAAAUGUAUUCAGAUUUUUUUUCUCAAAGUACCAUACUCCAUUUCAGUGUUCAAACUGUGUUUUUUUUUUUGUUUUUUUUUAAUUAUUUGUGUCAUGUUUAUUCAUACAUUUUUUCUAUCUAACUAUACGACCUUGGCUAUUACUUGAAAUUAAACAAUUUCAACAACUGUGUAAGCCAAAAAGAUCACAGUUACACACAAUAAGUUAAGUUUAGUCUAGAUGUAGAUUAAGUUUCGGAAGUUCGGUGGAAGUUACAGGCCUAAUAUUCUCGUACACUGAUUUUGUUGUUAUUUUUUUAUAUAAGAUAAAAUUUUACAAAAAAAUUGUGAGGGAGUGAAUGCAACGCCUUUGGGCUAUUGUUGAAUAUUGUGAUCAUUUUUCUGUGUUACCAUAAUAUAUUCAAUGUCGCUAGCGUAAGACGCGGUACCUAGGGAUUUUUCGCUGUUAGAUUAGGUUAGGUGCACAAAUCGUUCCAUUUUAACGUUAAGGUUAUCGACGUUCAUUUUCCUAAGCACUUUCUGUUCAAGGCUACUCUAGUGAAAUCACAUAAGUUUACAAUGUAUUUUUUCUAUUUUUAAAAUUUAUUCAAUGGUUGAUUGAAGAGUAUUUAGGUGAUUAGUCCAAACAUGUCUUUUCUUACUGAACGAAGAUUAAGUACCCGUGUAGAUUUCUCACUAUACUUUAACUUAAUAUAAUAGGCUCAAAUUGGAUGAAAAAAUUAAAUAAUAUGUAUGGAAUAAAUUAUUAUCACAAAAAAUAUAAACACAUGUUUGGACUCAGAUAAGUAUCGCAAAGGCAAUGGCCUAGCCUCGUGCCAAAAUUAGUUUUACUGCAAUUUUUCUCUAUAGUGGUAUCUAUCUCGGCUUAUGAGACUUUAGUGCUAAGUUUUCCAGAUUUAUUGGCUUCAAUUAUUCUAGUCUUAAAUUCUCUGAUUUUUUAGCUUCAGACUAAUUUUAAAUGUUAGGGGUAGUGUCUAGGGUAGCUUUACUGUUAGCGGUAGAGGUAGGGAUAAAAGUUAAACACGGUCGAUUGAUUAAAUCUCAAAGUAACUUUUCCCCUCGAGUCGUUAAUAUAAAGGCAUAAACUUCAACUUAAACAAUGUAUGAAAUUAGGAAUGUGUUCAAAAUUUCAUUUGUACGAUUUUACACGCUUUUAUGAUGUUUUUAAACAAGUUUGUAUUUUAUUGACGCUUUUAAAAUUUUACUGUAGUUAUUUUUAGUAUGAUUAAUUUUUAUAUACAGAAUUCUGUACAUAAAUGAUUUAAUUGGUUUUAUUGUUUUGCAAGGAACUGUUUUAUGUGUAAGUUUCAUACUCAAUGUUUUAUAAACUCUACCAAACCAACAUGUUGAUGGCAAAGCAGAUCUCUCUAAAUUUCUGUCCCGGUACUCUGUUCAAAUAUACAGGCUCUACUUGAUGUUACAAAAUGUGUGUGUAUACCUUUACAAGAUUCAAUGUAGGUCCUGAUUCACGAAAUAAAAUUAUACAAAAAUACAGUCAGUAUGACAUAUUUAUUAUUUAAAUUUAAUAGUUCUAGCAAUGCAUCAAAGUACAAAACUAAAAUAAGCUUAUAGUGUAGCUAAAAUGUUUAGUUUCUGUCGGACCACUCUUUAUUGGACAACAUAAUGAGGAAAAGUAGAGAUGAGUGUAUGUAUGGUUAAGGAGGGAGGAGAUAAAAGAAGAUCAUCAGGGAAGGAAUUAUAAAAACUAAAGAAUUCGUACUAAUGUUGUUCAGUGACCUUAUGGUUCAGAAUGGCUAUUAUCAAAAGCAAGGUAUUUUUUUUGUAAUGAAUGAGUUUUAAAUGCUACAUUAUUAACAAAACCGCUUAAGGAUAUCUUUUCAUCUUUUAACUAGCUUUGGAUAUCAACAUACGUAAUUGAGUAAAUCUAACCACAAUACUUCAGUAUCAACUAAGUACUGUAUGUUCAAAUACGAUAUUUGUUUUCUGGCUGCUACAGCAGAAGAAGUUGUAACUUUAAUGUGAUAGUAAAUUGAGUGAUUCAGCAAUUUAAAUCGUAGAAUAAUGAAAUUAUAUUGUUCAACCGAUGAAAGUUUAAUAUAUUAUCUAAGUUGCCUACUAUCUAGUUGUAAUUACUCAGUUUCCGUUACCGGGGAAGCAAUAAUGUCGUCAAUGAUGUAACUCGAGGUAAAGCAAUACUCGGGAUGUGACGGCUCACGUAAACUUUUGUCAAUUUUCAGUUUAGGACAAUUACUGUACAAUAAAUCUGUGAGUUAGUUCACUAGUUAGGGAGCGAUUGUUGAUCCUGUGCCAUGGCGCAGAAUAAAUCUGUCUU